AUGCCGAUGGAGAGCAAGUGCGGUGAAAUGAGAUUCAAAAAUGGACCCAUGUCCUUGGGCCCCCUAUCACAGGCUCCUGCAGCUUUCUUUCAAAACUGUUUUAAACUUGUUCAAGAAGAAACGUUUACCCAAGAAGUGAUUCACACUUUGUUGGAAUGUAGGAAAGAAAAUUUGACCAUGGAAGGUAAAUCCUGGAGCUGCUGCCCGAAGAACUGGAAGCCAUUUAGUUCAAAUUGCUACUUUUUUUCUUCUGAGAAAAAAAACUGGACUGACAGUGAGAAGCACUGUAGAGGGAUGCGGGCACAUCUGCUGGUGGUUGACAGCAAGGAGGAGCAGGACUUUAUUAACGAGAAUGUGAACAGGAAAUAUGCUUAUUAUUUGGGGCUGUCAGAUCUGAAGAAUGGACACUGGGAAUGGGUUAAUGAGAUACCAUACAAUCAAAAUGUUACGUUCUGGCACGAAGGUGAACCCAGUAAUGAUGAUGAACAUUGUGUUGCAUUAAUUUUUAACCGCCAAUGGGGCUGGAAUGAUAUCCAUUGUUAUUUGCCUGAAGAAUCAGUUUGUGAGAUGUUGAAGAUCUACCUACAUUCUCCGUGA